CAAGGAAAGACAAGGGAAGAGAGACUCGACACGACACUGGACCUCGUCCCAUCAAAGUCAUCAUGAGGAAAGGGAUUGAUUGUGUCGCUGUCGCGCAUUCAUCCAGAGGAUGAUGGUAUGAUGGUCUGGUCGGCGACAUAAACGUUGAGCUGGAAGAUGCGCAACGCCCCCCACAGCUGUGGCCACUGGCCACUGGAGCCAUCCAAUCGACCAGUUGCACCACAAAUUCAGCACAGCCAUCAUUCAGCAUCCCUUCCUCCAGCUCCAGCUACUGUAAGCGCCCAGACAGACUCGGAGGAGCCAUUGGCAUCUUUCAGCACACAGCGGUGGUUGGUCAAUUCACGAGUACGGCUGCGGCGCACGCUGCUAAAUUCUGCCAAUGAUGCCUGCCGUCCAUCAUUCCCAAGACUGGAGACCGACUGGAAGGACUCGAGACUCAACCUGACCUCUGCUGUGAUCGUCCAUUCAAUGGCGAUCGAGUGCGAUUGGGAGGAACCAGAGACAUGGGAGCUGGAAAUAAUCCGUCCUCUUCUGCGGACCAUCCCAUCCCACCAUCAUCAUUCCAGCCCCCUCAGCUGCAUUUUUCACGGCAUCAGCCCUAGGAGACUUUCCAUUUUUAAUACCAUUCACAACUUGCAUUCUCCGCUAGGUCAUCUGCAUGUGAUUGUCAUCAUUGGCACCCCCAGACUUUCCUAUUUUAUGUCAAAUGUUUUCUGCUUUCCACUUCAUUCGUUGUCGCCGUUUUAUCUCCAUCAUUGAAGGACUUGGUGAUCCUUAUCGUUGCCGGACCAAGACCAACACCAAUAGAGACAUCCUAGUCGCCCACAUCCCCGCUACUGCACACUGCACAUCAAGUCCUCGGUGGCCCCAUUUACGACCUUCUUUAAUUCCUCGCACAAGGCUGUGACAGUCUGCCCGUCAGGUUGCCGUUUUACUUUUUAUAUGAAUAGACGCUCUUGGGA